UUCGCUCUUUUCUCUAUUCUUAAAUUUCACUUAUAAUAAUAUGCCGUCUUCGCUGGAACUUGUAACUUGUAGCUGUCGUGCCUUUUAUUUUAUUCAAGAGUUUAGAGCUUCCUUUUCCCCUCUAAAUGAUGACUUUAUCUUACGAUCCUCGCUCAGUCUGGAUGUUAGGGUUGCUAAUUCAUGAAAUAUGUGUUAUUGAUUAAGUUUGGACUUUGUUUAAUCACGUGGACCAUUAGAGUUGGUGAACUCUUCUUUUCCUCACACUACUUAGCUUGAUCUUCAUAGAAGACUUGCUUCUUUUACCUUGAGAUGGGGGGAAACAAUGGAAAAAGACAGCUGCCAAACCAAUGCAGUGAUGAGUCCGUCGGAUAUCAUCUCUAGAACUGGCUUACUUUAUGUGAUUGGCCGUCAGCAUUUUCCUUAUGAUCUUCUGAUGUUAAGUCAACGGAACAGACUUUUUCUCUUCAAUUUUAGUAGUUUAACCGCAAAUGUUGCAGACUUGCUGGUUUUGGCUGGUAAUCUGAAGGUCAAUGUCAUGGAUGAUGGUCCUGCAAAAUUAAAAUUCAUCCCUGAUCAUUUUCAAGUUCCAACAUCAAGUAUAGAAUCUCCUGAGAGCAGAACAUCAUCUAUUACAGAACCUGGAACUGAUCAAUCUCCAAGGUCCUCGUGCCAUCAACGGACUCGAAGAAAAUUAAGGAGGGCUUUCAUGUUAAACUUGUUUACUCCACGGCGGCUGUCAUGGGGUUCCAAUACUGGAGGUCAGGAAAAGGUUGAGCUAACAGCUGCAGAGUUAGAGUCACUUCGAUUGGAGCUUGCUGAUAUAGAGGAGAGGGAAGCUCACUUGAAAGCUCAGUUGGAACAUAUUGAUGAAGUUUUGCGGUCUGCUCGUCUAUCUGGAUAUUUAUACAUUCGAACUAGAUGGGCAACACUACCAGGAGAACCUCCACCUUUAGAUGAUACUGAAGUAGAUGAUUGGCUUCCUCGUUUUGUCAUUCUCCAUGGAGCAUGUAUAUUUUUAUAUUUGUUGUGUACAGACCUAAGCCCCCAGGACUCAACCCUUCUAUCUGAUAUUGUUGAAGUUGGAAGAUUACCAUGUUUUAAGCGAGAAGAUGGUGAAAUUCAAUAUGCCUUUUAUAUUUUAACUCGUCAUGGAUUGCGCUAUGAGUGCUCAAGCAAUUCUAAAAUACAGGUGGACUCUUGGUUAUCGGCUUUACAAAGUGACUGCAAAUUGGAAUCUGAUACAUUUUGUAAAGCUGACUGCAAACUGGAAUCUGAUACAUCAGUUCCCAAUGGUUCGAUUGAGAUGUAACAUAAUUACACCUUGUUUGGCAUAUAACUUUGGUGUACUGAGCGUGGUUGAUGGCUGAGAAACUAAAAGAGGCCUUGUAUAUCUUUUGAAAAGACAGGGCAAUCUGGACCUGGAAAGCUCUUGUAACUGUCAGAAAAGGAAGGACAGAUAGGAGAUCACAUUUUGCCUACAUUUGUGGAGGGUUUGUAGACCUAAUCUGUUGUAAUCUGCAAUGCCCUAGCACCCUUUUUUGUUGCCAUAGGCAUAGGUACAAUUUGUAAAUCACCAUCCAACCAGUAACCAAUGGGAAAGCAGUAGUUAAGGAACAUAUGAAACGGGAACCAUUUGAGGUGUUUGUUUCAAGAUAGAAGAUUUCAUUCCCGUGAAUAACAUUCGUUACAUGCGAGUAAAUUAGAUUUAAUAUUUUUCAAAA